AUGCGCCUGCAAGUACGCCUCGCCGCAAAUGUUCAUUCUCGUCAAGUGAAUCCUGAACUGGACGAAAAACAUUGGAUUGCUUAUGAAGCUUCUAGAAUUGCUGGGAAAAGUUGCAUCAACCUUGCUCGUGAAGACCUCAUGUUAAAGUGUACAUUUGCUCAAGAGUGGCCAGCUGUGAGAGCGUUUCUGGAGUCUUGUCCAAAGCCUGCUUGUCUCGUGGCCCACAACGGUUUAUCGUUCGACUAUCGUGUGUUAUAUGGUGAACUGGCACGUUGCGGUUUUAUUGAUAAGGAUAUGGGAAUCCCAGAGGGAGUUGUCUUCGUUGAUUCAUAUCUGGCUAUUCGAGAAAUCGAGGAAAGGCAUCGAAAUGAGCUGCUGCAUGCGACGAGAAUGGUUGACUGGAAAAUGCGUGAGUUUUCUUCCAAAGGCUCUGCACAGUAUUAG